CUGGUGGUUUACAGAACAAAGCCACGGCAGACUUGAUGAAGCGCAUCACCAAGGCUUGAACCAAAGGAAUCUCUUGCAGUUAGUGACAACACUAGUAAAAAAAAUUGACGAGAUUUCUACUAUAAGAUAAGAACGCCCCUGAACUGAAAGCUUCAAUAUCAUUCAAGAUAUUGAUUCGACCAGUGCCGUGGUCACUUACCAUGUAAGAUGUUUCAUUAAUCGCACAUUUCAAUUGAUAGUAUACAUUUAAAUUAUGUUAACUGAGAGUUUUAUGUAGCUGCCGUCGUCAUGGCAAUGCCAUGUGAAUAAUAUUGAAAAGAUUAGGGGAGGCUUUUGUUUAGAGGAUUGUUGUUGGAGCGCCGGUGAACCACUGCAGAAGUGUUUGGAAUGGUACAGCCCACAUGCUUCGAUCCGAGAGCACUUCUCCAAGGCUGAAGUGAAGUAUCAAACCAGAGCUCAUUCGAGAGAGGAGAGCAGUCCGUGUGCUGUUGGGAAUCAUGGCGAGAAGGCUGCGACUUCGCUGCCACAGGAGUAAUAUCACACUUUGUGGACUACAAGCAAUUGUCUCUCUUCUUUUUUAUUGGGUUGCAGUGGUGGGCAGCAGCGAGGUCUCAGUGCCCGAGCGUGUGGACGCCGUCCUGGGCAAGAACAUCACGCUGGGCUGCCGGGUGGAGGUAGGCGCCAACCUGACCCUGACGCAGAGCUCGUGGGAGCGCCGCCUGCCCUCGGGCACCAUCACGUUGGCCGUCUUCAACCCCGAGUACGGCAUCUCCAUCGCCGACGCCUACGAACGCCGCGUCUCCUUCGUCAACCCCUCGACCGGCGACGCCUCCAUCAUGCUGGAGGGGGUGGGCUUCGCCGACAUCGGCUCCUACACCUGCAAGGUGGCCACCUUCCCCCUGGGCAACACCCAGGCCUCCACCACCGUCAACAUCCUCGUGGAGCCUAAGGUGCACGUGCUGCCGGGCCCGUCAGUGCUGCUGGAUGGGGGCAACGAAACGACAGUGGCCACGUGCAUGGCGGAGCGCGGCCGCCCGGCCGCCGAGGUCUUCUGGGAGUCGGAGCUGGAGCUGCAGGGCCGCUCGGAGGGUCAGCGGCAGGACCAGUCCAACGGCACCACCACCAGCCAGGUGCACUACCUGUGGGCACCCACGCGCCACGCCCAGGGGCACACCAUCACUUGUGUGGUGCGCCACCCGGCCCUGCCCGCGGAGGUCCGCAAACCCUACGUACUCAACGUGCAGUUUGCCCCUGAUGUGCAGGUGGUAGGCUACAACUCCAACUGGUUCUCAGGGCAGGAGGACAUGAAGCUGGACUGCCAGGUCAACGCCAACCCGGCUCCCUACAGCUUCACCUGGACCAGGGUGAAAGGUAGUCUUCCCGAUGGGGUGCUCGGGGACAACAGCACCCUGCUCUUCACUCGGCCCCUGGAGCGCAACGACUCGGGCCUCUACCGCUGUGAGGUGCGCAACGCCAUCGGGAUGCGCUACCAGGACACACACAUCUGGGUGCAAGACCCUCCUCCCACUACCGCCCUCCCCACCACCUCCGCCGGCGCCGCCACCCUCCCCGGAGCAGACACCACGGGCACGGCCCCCGACCAUCGCCAGGCCCAGUUCAGCUCCCCGACGCAGGGCUCCCCCUCCUCUUCGGGCUCUGCCACCGACAGCCACCUGGGCACCAUCGUGGGCGGAGUGGUGGGUGGCGUGCUCUUCCUGGUCCUGCUGCUGGGCCUGGUCGGCGUGUGCUUCAUGCGUCAGCGGCGCACCUUCCGCGGGGACUACUACACCAAGCAGUACCUGGGCCCGUCCGACAUGCAGAAGGACAACCAGCUGGACGUGCUGCAGCCACACGAACUGCAGGUGUACAGCAGCGGCGACGGUAGCGGCGACUCUGGCAAAGGCAGCCAGGAUCUGAAGCCCCCCAAGCCGGCGGCCGGUGAUCUCAUCUACGACUACGCCAGUGAUCGCAAGGACCGCGAGGAGUGGGGUGGGGACCACCAACAACCCCCCCGUGUCAUUGGGCGAGACGGGAGCUACUAUAACGACGGUCACCACAACAACCAGCACCCCUUUCCACAGCAGCAUCAGCAACACUCCAACUCUCCCCCGGCCCACACCGGACUCAACGGCUCCCCUUACCUGCCGGAUGACAACUGCUACGACAACGGCACGGACAGCGACUACGUGUCGCACAUGGACGGCUCAGUGAUCUCGCGCAGGGAGUGGUACGUGUGAGGUCCCGCCACCCUCGCUCCCGUCAGAACCCUCCCCCACCCCCGCCCCCCUCAAAAAAGAACACACACACACACACCCCACCCAGCUCGGACAGGAUAAGCCAGAUGGGCUGAGCUUUGAGAGGAAACCGGUAGCAGAGAUGUUGUCCAUGAAAAACGAACUGUGUCUAUAAAUAGAUUUUGAAAUAAAGAGGAGAAAAAAAGACUCUAGCUAAAAAAAAUGUAAUAAAAAGAAACUAGAGAAAAGAAACUCUAGCAACUCUUGAGUGCGAUGCUAUCUGAACUCCAUGAACUCAUGACAAAGAUGCUUUGCUGUCAUUGCGGUAGUCAUGCCCGCAGCCAGCCUGAUUUGUAUUCAGCUCAGUACUGAACAGGUCUGAGGGACGGGGGGGUUGGAUGUGGGGGGUGGGGAGGGCUUCUCCAGUGAAAGGACAGUCAGCAGCGACUCUUCCUCUUUUUUGUCCUCCAGGAUGCACCGCCUUCAUCUCUGUCUGCCUUUUAAAGUAGAUUUAUUUACCAGCAAGAAAGAGAGAAAAAGAAGACACAAGAAGAAAACUUGAGCCUUAUAUUUCGCAUGAUGUCUUUGAAAUGGGGCGCUGGCGAAGAAAAGGUUACCUUUAGCCAGUUUGAAAUCGCACUCCGCUAAACAUAUCAUCCCUGUGUGGUUUUAUUUAAAUUUUUUUCUGCUCUGGGCACAAAUCUUAACUUCAAAGCAUUUCGGUAAAGAAUGAAACCUGUGUAGAUAAUGGUAGUAAUAAUCCUGCAUCAGUGAUUUGUUUGUAAAGGUAAAAAGGGACGGGAAAAUGGCGGGCCUUUUCCUUAAGUGGCCUUCCAUACUGAGGUGCAGCAGGGCCAGACGCCACGUUACACUCCAGCAGGACGGCUCAGGUGAGAUGGAAAGUUCUGGAAAGUCUGUGCUCCUUUGAGUCACUGGGGCCUAGUCCAUAUUCACUCAAUCACUCACUUACUCACUUACUUACUCACAUACUCCACUUUUCACCAAGGACACAUCAGGAGCUGAAAAUGAGUGCUCUUAUUCUCUGGAAUAGAGAGUUUUGUGUGUGAAGUUUGUUUGUGUGUGUGUCUUUCUGUGUGUGUGUGUGUGUGUGUGUGUGUGUGUUGCAGUAGAUAAUGAGGGAGUUUAAACAAUUGCGCUUCCAGAUGUCAUUAGUAUUUAUAGCACUUGGCAGUCGACUUGCCUUUACGUCAUGUCCUCAUAUUUCAGUAAGUGCAUACAAAAGGCUACACGUUUGUCUUGAACUCACCACGUGUGUCUCUGCAUCAUCAAAGCGUCCAAAAUCCAGGAAACACGAACAAAUGUUUUUUCAGCAUUCAGUAGUUUGUGUGUGCCUUCCAAUUUAACUAGACACUCCCUGCUAGCCUUUAAACUAUAUUUAACCCUCCUAGCGUUAUCAAAGUAAGAGAUGACGGAAGCCACUGUCUGGUGUCAUGCACUCCCAGCGGAGGCCUUGAAGCCGGCAGGCAGGAGGGGUUAAGAGAGUCUGAGGAGGAUCUCCACACAGCAGGUGUGUGAGCCAGAGGUCUCCCUGCAGAUGGAGGGCACUCCUUUUUAGUCUUGUUUUGGUUUCUGUUUAGUUUUUGUCUUUUUUUUCUCCCUACUUUUAGUCUUCCCCUCAACCAGCCAGCCCUUCUCUUCGCGGUUCAGAAUAAACCACUUGUGUGUGCUUGCAUACACAUACACACACACACACGCGCGCGCGCGCUCGCACACACUCAAACAUGUGCAGACACACUCCCAUCUGCUGCAGAUGCGCUUCCAUCUGCUACUGCUGUGGCCUGGUCUUCAAAGGCAGGGUCGUGGUGGUCUCCACAUACACACACACACACACACACACACACACACACACACACACACACACAGAGAUAUCUCUCUCUGAAGGGAUGCUGGGUGAGGUUAGCACUGGAGUGUCUGUCUGACUCCAAGCCACUGAAGUCUGCAGCGGUCCCACCCAGUGCAGUAGCAGAGUGUACUCUUCAGACAGUAGCACUGUUGAGUGCUUCACAAGCGAAUGAUAAUUGGCGUCAUUGUGUAGCACCUGUAUUUUGUAUGUGCGUGUCUGUGUGAAGUCUCAGUCUUGGUCUUUCACACUUCAAUCGAAUGUUUCUCACCAACAAGUUACAAGACAGUGUUUGGGUCAUUCUUCUCAGUCCAGCAUGAUCUGCCAUUUCUCAAACCCCUACGUAGUGUGGGGCUUCUUGCCUGUUUUCUUCAUGUUUGCAAAAGGCAAACGACGCGCAUUACAUGUCAAGCUUGUGUGAUAGCCUUAUUGUAAAAAGUUGGUGUUUUUAUGUAUAAAUGAGAUUCAUAUAGCGUGCCUUCUUAAUAUUUGAAGUGAUACACAGAUAGCAGAUUCAUAUGUACUAUAUCCUUUACAUAUCUGAGAUUCCUACUCUGCUGAUGAGAUAUUCAGGCUUUUAAUUUAAGCUUUGCAUUCAAAACUUAAGUUAAAAUUAAAACUGAAAAUUAAUUUAACAUACAGACAGACUUCCUACUUGGAAGGUUUGAAGAUAAAGAAAAGUCUUGGUUUGAACUGCAUACAGCUUUUAACUUUAAUAAAACAAAAAAACAAAAACAAUAAAUAGUUAUUUAUUUUCACUCUCACUUUGAAGUGCUGGCAGAUAGACUGUUAGUUCAUGAUCAAUGCCUGCAACAUUAUAAGUUCUGUUUACGAAUGCUUGGUUUUCCCUCGUACGCUUGUCAUGAAAUGUAUUAUUUUAGUUUUGUCGACAUUUUUUAAACCUGCAACAAUGAAAAUUACUCUGCCUUAUAUAUACAAGAUGACUCCUGUAGCAUCUAAGUUACAAAGCACCUGAGACUUGUAAAAUAUGUCACUGGAAAGAUUAGUGGAGUAGCCUCACUAAGGCAGCCAGUGGUAGGAGAUACUGCGUGUAAAUAUUCUGUCAGGGAUGUAUUUGAUUUUGUUUAUUGUUUGUUUUGUUUGUAUGUAAGUAGUCAAGACUUGGCUUCAAGGAUGUGAACUGAGGAUGAAAAGUGAUGUUGAAUCCAUGUUUUAUGUCAGGCAUGUAUUUGUUCUGGAAAGUUCUUUUUAUGUUGUGUAAAUACAAUCAGAGCUGCCAAUAUGAUUUAAUGUCUUACAAAUCACACCUGGAAUUCAGAAACAAUCGUUUCUUUUUUUAUUUGGUCGGUUGAUUCUCCUUCGGUUUGUAAUAAAGGACUGUAAUAAAG